UAGCCUCAUUCAUUAGAGAGCUGAUGGCAACAAGAAGUUGUCUGCCAUGCUACGUCUUCUAAGUGAGAGAGAAACUGGACAGUCUGAACCACUAUUCUUAAGAAGAGCAGAAACAACACGGAGAUAUUUUAACCUUGCAUUAAGCAAAUAUCGAGAUGUAGAAGAAAUCCACAAAGGAAGUAUCAACUCUGUGGACAUAGACACCGUAGAAAAUAGAUAUCUUCUUUCAGGUGGUUCACAUUCUACAAUAGCUAUUCAUGAUCUACAGACAACUAACAAUGGAAUGGUACAAACUUACAAACAUGUGUGCCAGACAUCUGAUAGCAGCAACUGCAAAUACAGUGUUGACACAGUACAGUGGUACCCCAUUGACACAGGGAUGUUCACCACCAGUGGAGCAGACCAUAAGCUAAAAAUAUGGGAUACAAACACAAUGAAGGUGGCGGACCAUUAUACUUUUAAAUCCAGGGUGUGUGAUCAUCAUAUGUCCAGCAUUGCUCGGAAGCAUUGUCUUAUAGCGGUAGGGUGUGAGCAAUCAACUGUUAAGCUGGUAGACAUGAAAUCAGGGGCAGCAACUCACCAGCUGAAAGGCCAUACAGGCUCAGUUGUUGCAGUUAGGUGGUCUCCCAGACAUGAAUUUCUUCUUGCAACGGGCAGUGCUGACAGCAAGGUGUUACUGUGGGACAUACGGACAGCCAAAGGCAGCCUCCUGGCACUGGACCAGCACAACAGGAGGGUCAGCUCCAAAUCUGGUGAUGUGAAAACAGCUCAUGAUGGCACAGUGAAUGGUCUUCAGUUUACAUCAGAUGGGUUGUUCAUUGUGACCUUUGGAACAGAUGACCGACUCAGACUGUGGAAUGCCUCCACAGGCAGGAACAUGUUAGUGAAUUUUGGCUCAGUAUUCAACAGCAGCAAAAGAUCUUUGAAGUUUGCCAUCUCUGGGGAUGGGUGCCCAGAUGUAUUGUUUAUUCCAAGUGAAGGUAAUAUCCAGGUGCUGGACCUGUACCAGGGAACCCAUCUAAAUACCUUACACGGGCAUUACAAUUCAGUCAACUGUUGUGCACUACAGAAAGAAACGCACUACCUAUUUAGUGGAGGUGCCGAUAGGAAUAUGCUGGUCUGGAUACCUACUUCGGAGACAGAGGAUUAUGAAGAGAACUUAAAAGAUCAAAGUAGAGAAUGUCACUCAGAAGGAUCUGUGAGAAAGGAAAUGACUGCAACGGUAGAUACUUGGAGCAGUGAUGAAGAUGGCGCAUGAUUGUUACAGAGUAUUAAAGUGUGUGACAUAAAA